CAGGGCAGGGGUGAGGCAGUACUGUGCUCUAGUUACGUGGAAACGCACAUACAUAGUUUCAACUAGUGGGAAAUCUACUACAAUGCAACUCUUAUUCCAACUUUUUGCUCAUACAAUGUGAGGAAGAUGGCCGAGACAAGCUGUGACUGGGUGGAGAUCUUGGAGCCACGCUCGCAGGAGCGCAUGUACGUGAACCUGGCCUCGGGGGAGUGUGGUUGGGAGCCCCCCCCAGGCGCCGCCGUGCGCCAGUCCGACGGCAGCCAGUGGUGGGAGCUGUUUGACAGCCACAACAAACGCUUCUACUACUACAACAGUGCCAGUCAGCAGACGGUGUGGCACCGGCCCCAGGCCUGCGACAUCGUACCCCUGGCCCAGCUACAGGCCAUGAAGAGGAGCUCUGAGACGGGUCUGAGGGGCCCCAUCAAGCCCCAGAGAGGGGGAGGAGGAGGGGAGGGCCGCCGCGCAGCCCUACCUAACCAGGCCUACCCUAUGCCCCCCGCCCAGGACCCUGACAGCAGCGGGAGGUCCACCCCCUCUAAGGGGCUCUGUGACAGCCUGGAGAACAGUAACGACACCCCCAGGGACCCAGGUCAAAGAUGGCAGCCAGCUCCGGGAUCGAAGGCAGCCAUGUUGGUGAAGGUGAACAGCAUUGGCAGGAACCAGUCCGUGGUGCCCACUAGCACCCAGCACCUCAACACUCUCAGCCCUGGGAGCCCUGCUGUGUACCAGGUCCACUCAGACAGACCCAGCCCCAGACCCAUAUCCAGCCCUGAAGGCAAGAUGGCUGCCCCUGUGGACCACAAGCAAGCCUUCCACCUGAAGAAGGGAGACAACGGUAACUUCGGCCUGGUGAUGCCCUCCACUGGCAGCCAGGUCUACCAGACUCCACAGAGGUGUCAGGCUGGCACCCCCCAGCCCUCCUCCCCCCAUUACGGUGCCACUCCGCCCAUCUAUGAUGAACCACCCAUGGAAACACCUAUCUAUGAUGAGCCCCCGAUGGAGGUGGAGGGGGCCGCCCUCCUGAAUAGGUCCUCCACCCCAACCACCAGCCUGCAGAGGGUCCGCCAACCCCAGACCCACCACCAGACCCAGCAGCAACCCAAGCUGCUUCAAUACCCAGCCUCUCACCUGGCCUCCAAACACAAGAGGAAUCCCUCCGCCACAGAGUACAGCCCCGCUGGACGGGAGUGCAUCAAACACAUGGUCAACGUGGACCCUGCCACCUGCAAGCAGAGCCCCUUAUCCCAUCCUAUCCAGACAGAGCAGGCCCCUGCUCUAGACCCUGAUCUGCCCCCCUCUCCAUCCCCAUGCCCAGUCGUCACCCAGCCCAGGCCCAAGGAGGUGAGCCUGGAGAAGAAGCAGUCGUGGCGUCUCCUGGAGACCAGCGUGAGGAAGAACAUGGACGUCCGGCACAGCCGGCAGAACAGUGUGGCAUCCCAGGAGUACCCAGCGCCGGCCGCCGUCACCCACCAGGACUCCGGCUACUCCACCGGGCCCUCGCCCAGCUUGAGGAGGAAGAACCGCCGGAGAGCCCUGGGAGGGGGGGCUGGGGGAACAGGGCAGGGCCGGCCAGGCUCAGUGGGCAGCAGUGGGGAGCUCAGUGCCCUGAAUGAGAAGCUGAUGGCAGAGAUGCGGGUGGUGGUGAGUCGAUCUAACACCCUGCGUGGCAGCAAGGCCAGCCUGGACACUGAGAUGUCUGACAGCUCUGUACCUCGGACCCGUUCCCCCUUGGGUUCCCCGAAGAAGUACAGGGGCCGCAGCGCCUCCCGAGAGGACAUCAGCGCCAGUAACCACUCUCUGUACCGGACCGGGAGCGGGAGUACCCAUGGCGACGUGCCCCUCUCGCCCCUGGCGUCGGAGGGCAUGGUGCGUCAGAAACGGACCUAUGAGAAGGUGGACACUCUGGAGAAGAGCAUCAUCAGCCAGAACAGCCUGUCCUCCUCAGAGCCCCACAUGUCCCUCUCACAGGCAGGAACACUGGACUCCAAGGCCCAGUCGGAGAUCUCGUCACAAGGCGGAGGUAAUGGACACAGGGGCACCCCUCAUGGAGUCAAAGUGACUGGAGACAGGAGGGGAGGUGGGGGAGGAGGAGGCGGCAGUGUGGGAUACCAGUACCCUUAUACCACCCUCUGUAAACCUCCUCCAGACACCAACAUGGUGGACUGGGCCAGUAAGAACCUGAACCUUCACACGCAGGGCCUGUUCCGCCGCCGCGUCUCCAUCGCCAACAUGCUCUCCUGGAACAGAGGCUCCAUCAAGAAGCCCAUGCUGAUCACCAGCGACCGCACCGUCAAGAAGGAGGCCUGUGAGAUGUUCAAGCUGAUUCAGGGCUACAUGGGGGACCGUCCGGCCCGGCUGGAGCGCCGUCACACCGCCCUGCUGGUGGUCACUAAGUGCUGGGGAAUGCAGACCCUGAGGGAUGAGCUGUACGUCCAGCUGGUCAGACAGACCACUGACAACCUGAGCCUGAGGAGCCUGGAGGCCGGCUGGGAAUUCAUGGCCAUCAGCCUGUCCUUCUUCUCCCCCUCGCCCAAGUUCAGAAGCUACCUUGAGGGGUACAUCCAGACACACCUGGAGCCCUCCAACGACAAGAAGAUCAUGCAGCACAUUAUGGAACAACAGGACAUGAAGACCAAGAAGAAUUCAAAGUCCCGGAAGAAGAGGAAGCAGAACAACGAGGAAGAGGAGGGCCUGCCAAUCAGCACUUAUGCCAAGUACUGCUACCGCAAGCUGCAGAAGGUCGCCGUUACUGGGGGCAAAAAGGGUCUAAGGAAGCCCACCCUGGAGGAGUUAGACCAGGGGAGGAAUGCCAUCGUGACCCCUUCCUUGUUCGGCAGUGCCCUGGAGGAGAUCAUGGAGCGCCAGAGCGAGCUGUUCCCGGAGCGCAGGCUCCCCUGGGUGCAGGUGCAGCUUUCUCAGUGCGUGCUAGCCCUGGGAGGGGCCCAGACAGAGGGAAUCUUCAGGGUGCCUGGAGAUAUUGACGAGGUGAAUGCGCUGAAGCUGCAGGUGGAUCAGUGGAAUAUUCCAGAAAACCUUGGGGACCCCAACGUCCCGGCGUCUCUGCUGAAGCUGUGGUACAGGGAGCUGGAGGAGCCAGUCAUCCCUCAGAGCUUCUAUCAGCAGUGCAUCAGUAACUAUGAGGAUCCUGAAGCAGCUAUCAGAGUGGUACAGUCUCUGCCUGAACUCAGCAGACUGGUGCUCUGCUACUUUAUACACUUCUUACAGGUGUUUGCUCAGCCCGUCAAUGUGAGUAAGACCAAGAUGGACGUGAAUAACCUGGCCAUGGUAAUGGCUCCCAACUGUCUCCGCUGCCAGUCAGAUGACCCACGCGUAAUCUUUGAGAACACGAGGAAGGAGAUGUCCUUCUUACGCAUGCUCAUUGUUCACCUGGACACCAGCUUCAUCAAGGGCCUCCUCUGAGGGAGCCAACUCUAUCCCUCUUCAUCAAGGGCCUCCUCUGAGGGAGCCAACUCUAUCCCUCUUUAUCAAGGGCCUCCUCUGAGGGAGCCAACUCUAUCCCUCUUUAUCAAGGGCCUCCUCUGAGGGAGCCAACUCUAUCCCUCUUUAUCAAGGGCCUCCUCUGAGGGAGCCAACUCUAUCCCUCUUUAUCAAGGGCCUCCUCUGAGGGAGCCAACUCUAUCCCUCUUUAUCAAGGGCCUCCUCUGAGGGAGCCAACUCUAUCCCUCUUUAUCAAGGGCCUCCUCUGAGGGAGCCAACUCUAUCCCUCUUUAUCAAGGGCCUCCUCUGAGGGAGCCAACUCUAUCCCUCUUUAUCAAGGGCCUCCUCCGAGGGGGUCAUCUCUUUAUCCAUCACCAUGCCCUGGAGAGCUGCACUUGUUCAUCAGCCCUCAACUAUAGCUGCUCUGUCUUUCUAUCAUACAACUCUACAACUGUCUACCACCUUAUUCACAACAAGCCCUCUGUUCCUUCACACUUCUCAUCAACCAUAUCACAUCUCAACCCUAGAUUCCCUCUGGUUCACGAACACCACAGCCGGAGGACCACAGACAGUGGACUGCACAGACAGUGGACUGCACAGACAGUGGACUGCACAGACAGUGGACUACACAGACAGUGGACUGCACAGACAGUGGACUACACAGACAGUGACCGGGUAUCUAGAUGGUUUUUCGUGCUCCGAAUCAUCUUCCCUUAUUGUUUGAGACUUUGGGACAAGCUCACAUGUGAUGGUAGUGGGAGUCUGUUUAUCCGUUGGAAAGCAGGACAUACAUUACACGGUGUUCUUGGGCUCGUGUUAAUGACUGGAGCAGAAUCAGUGGAAUGGUAUCAAACACACGGUUUCCAGGUCUUUCAUGCCUUACCAUUUGCUCCGUUCCAGCCAUUUAUUAUGAGCCGUCCUCCCCUCAACAGCCUCCUGUGCUACUGUUUCUGCUCCAAACACUGGACCGUGCUGGCGUGAGAUUCAGCAUGUGAAGAAGAGCAAUCGCAAUACGAGACUAUUAUGCACAAGAAGCAUGUGUGCAGGGAAAAGUCCAGAGACAAAUGUGUAAAUAUGAUGUUGUUUUUAUUGUGGGGGGAAUUAGUUCCUGCUUCGAGUGCCACAUAUGUAUCUGACUGCCAUGGUAGUGAAUGAUGAUGAUGUCUCAUCACGUUUAGACAGAACCCACGACAGACAGAAUCUGUAUUAUUCCCUUCUCUUUUCCUUUAUUAUGUAAUGGUGUGUCUGCAAGCAACGAUUUCCUUCGCAUUUCAUUUGCUUUUUUGACUAAUUUGAAUAUGAAUUCUGUCUGUGUUGCCAGAGCUGCAGGAUGAGUUGAUAGUAAGGUUUAGACUUCUCCACUGGCCACAGAGACAGAUUCCCCCUCUGGGCAACAACAAAUAUAGAUAUUUAUUUCUAAACAGUUUCUCUUAAAAUAAAAAUGGUUACCCAUCAGUUAGGCAGAGAUGUGUGUACAUAUGUGAGAGACAAAGUCUCGGAUUAAAAUGAGGAAAACACAUUUCUAUUCUCCUCAGCGGUGGAGUUGG